GCAAGGUAAGAGCUGAACGCAUUACAUUCAUGAUAUUUUGACUUAGGCUAUAAUGUCUAUAAGCUCUGUGAUGUCUAGCUUGUCUCUACUACAUUUCAGAGUGGACACAAAAGUUUUCUCUGAAGGAAAAAAACAUGCUUCUAUACGUGCUUUUUGCUAUGACACUGGGAACCACAACAGCAUUUCCUGUCAAUCAAGGUUCUGCCAGUCGAGAAGGAUUUUGGAGUCUCCAGGAUGAGAGUACAAAUCUAGCCAUUAAUAAAAAAGAUGCCACCAAGCAAUUUGAUGGAAUGUGGAAGAAUCAUGUCGUGAGCAGUGACCUUUACUCUACAGAUUCCCUAAACACUAUGGCAGCUGAUCUCCGACACAAACUAAGCCAGGAGUCAGACCGUCUACGAGCUCGCUUAAAACAGGAACUUAUGGAUCUCCGUCAGAGGCUUUCUCCCUUCCCCAGCCACCCCCAUGACACCACAACUAAUGUCCAGGAUCUUCUGUCUCCCUUUACCAAGGGCCUCCAGAUCGCUCUUGAAUCCAACACGCAACAACUCUGCAGUAAUUUAACAAUGACGAUCCAAAGGGUUCGUUCCGCUGGACCUUUACUAUACCAAGAGGAAAUCGAGAAGAUUAAUCAAGCUAUGGACGAGAAUCAUAAGAGAAGAACCGCUGCCUUUGAGGACUUUAAAACUAAGGCCUUUGAGGCAAUCGAGGAGGAAAAAGACAGCAGUAGGAAGGAUCUUUGGGAGGAGGUGACAGCCAGGCUGGGCCAAGAGAUCUGUUCAUUCAGUUUGGAAGUACAGGGGAAAAUGGCAGCACUGAAGGUCACAUUAACAACACUCCUCACAUCAUUAGACCCCUUAGAAGACGAAAUGGUUUCCAAAGUGGACCAGUUCUGUGAGGGCUCCUCAUCGCAAAAUCAUAAAUUUAUUGCUGAUUUAGUGCAGCAAAUAUCUAUGCUUGAGGAAAAGCAGAGUAAGGGUGAGCCAUCAAGUCAUGUAAACAUAGAUUCCAUACAAGAGGAUUUCUCGACCAGACUAAACGCCUUACUCCAGGACAUUGUACACACUAUCAACUAGCGCAACGCUUCGCAUUCACAUUAGAAUGAGCUCUUUAAUGUAAAUAGUGAAAACAUGAACCUGUACAGUGUGAAUUAUUGUAUUUUUAUAGAAACAUGUCUCUGUUAAGACACUUUUUUUAAUAAAUAAAAGAAGAA